AUGUUUCGAGACCCCCGGGAUGCUCCAAACCCCGGGAUGCUCGAGCUGCCGGCAGACGCUGAGAUGCGGGGUGCGGAGAAUCCCCCGGGAAAAGCAGCCGGGCGGGGGGAACGCGGCGGGGCGGAGCCGGGUCCCCCCCCGAGGCCCCCGCCCGCCCUUCCGCACGUUCCUUCCUCCCCCCUCGUCAUCCUCCUCCUCCUCCUCCUCCCCCCGCUCUCGCGACAGCUCCGCACAGAAAAUGGCCCCGCGGCCGCCCCGCCGCUGAUGCGCGACCCGGGCGGCGCCGGCCCCGCCGCAGCCCCGGUACGGCCGGGAGGGACCGGGAGGGACGGGCGGGCACCGGGGAGGACCGGGACCGGGGAACGGACCGGCACCGGGGAUGGACAGGCGCAGGGCGGUGCGCGCACAGCGAGGGCUUUACCGGCACCGGGGAUGCACCGGCACCGGCGGGGGUGUCCCGGCACCGGGACCGUGUCGGCACCGGGGAUGCGCCGGUAUCGGGCAUCGCCGGGAGGAGCCGCCGUGUCCCUCUGCCCGUGCUCAGCUCCGGCCAUGAAGACGGAGAAGGACGAGGCUGUAGCCACCUUCUCCUUGCGGGGGAAAUUCGGCGCAGAGGGGGCAGGCUGCAGUGACCCAGCCGUGCCCGGUGCCCCGAUGGCGGGGGCGGGGAGCGGGGGGACCCCGGCCCCGGAGCUGCGGCCGCUGAAGCGCAGACCUGUCCCAGGGAAACACUACCAGUGCUCGAGCUACGGCUGCAAACUGGCCUUCCCCAGCAUGCAGGAGCUGAUGGACCACCUGAAGGUCCACUACAGACCCACGCAGUCCCUCGAGGGCAAAACCUUCCACUGCCCCACCCUGGGCUGCACCGAGACCUUCCCCAGCAUGCAGGACCUCAUGGCCCACAUGAAGGUGCACUACAAACCAAACCGCUACUUCAAGUGUGAGAACUGCCUGCUGCGCUUCCGCACGCACCGCUCCCUCUUCAAGCACCUGCACGUCUGCUCCGACAGCUCCAGCGGCCCCGCGCCGCCCCCCAAGCCCGACAAGCCCGUCCUGCCGCCCGCUACCUCUGCCCCGGAGAAGGAGCCCCCGGCCAAGCCACCCGAGGGGCUGCCCAAGCUCCCGAGCGCUCCGCGGCCCCUGGAGAAGGAAGGCUCGGCGGGCGCGGACACCGGCCCGGCGGCGCUGCCCGAGCUGCCCGGCUCGCUGGUGCCGCCGGCCCCGCACCCCUUCCCGCUGCUGGAGCCCGGCCUGUUCGGGCCCUCGUCCUUGACUCGGUUCUCGGGGCCAUCCCCGUCCUCGGUGCCGGGGCCGUUCCUGUCCUACGUGUCCCCCUCGCCCUACGGGCUGGCGCAGCCCCCGGCUCAGCACCGCCUGCGGCCCUUCCUGCCGGGCCACGGCCCCCCCAGCGUGUCCAACGCCGUCUGGAAGAAAAGCCAAGGUGUGAGUGUCAGCCCACUCCUCCCAUGCUUUGGCUCAGGAGUGACUCCAGGGCACUCCUCCAACAGCCGCAUCGUCUGGGAGCACACGCGGGGCCGCUACAGCUGCACGCAGUGCCCCUUCUCCACCGCCUCCCGCGAGGAGAUGACCCUGCACAUCGAGGACCACCGCAAGAACCCCCCGCCCGGGCGCCUGGAGGCCGAGAUGGAUUUCGGGGUGGGUCUCGCCCCGUUCCACGCCAAGCUGCCGCCGGAGAUGGAGAACUCCCUGUACUCCCAGCUUUGAUGCCCGCGGCUCCCACGGGACUCUCCAGAGCCGGGCAGGGGGCACCGCGCAGCCCCUGCCACUGUGCUGGGACAGGCACCCCUCCCUGGGGACAGGAGCACCCCCAGCCCAGCCCGGGGUGCCAGAGGGGCGGAUGUUUCCCCUGGAAUUUCUCCCUUUUUGUUUUUGGGAACUCUCCAGCACCCGGAACCCGUGUAUCUCCCUCCCCUAAAGGUUUUGUUGCUUCAGCCCCGGGGGCUCUGCGGGGAGCCCGGUAGGUUCUCAGGAGUUAGUGGACUUCUCUGGAAUGAGAUCUCGGAAUAAUAAAUGGGAAUUGUACAGGA